CUAUGAUCAUACCUGAAUCAUGUUAUGCAUGAACAGGCUCCGUAAGAUCCCGUAGAAUAAAAUAAGUGAUGUGGCAUGAUUCAAUGUUCUGUCUAUUCCACUUCCUUAUUUGUAGUGUAGAAAUGCAUUCAUUUCCUCUGCAUCGAUCCCGAUCGAUAAUACUAUCGGAGUGAAAUAAGAGAUCUAAGGAAGAACAGAGGCUAGACUUUAUUAGUAACAAGUAAAUACUUUGUAUGUAAGAAAAUCGAGAUGUUGGGGGGAUAAACACCAAUCAAAAGACAUGAGACAAUCCAAAAAGCACUUGAUCAUGAUCAAAUUUAUAAGCCUACUUGGAUAUUGAGCAUUUACCUGUAAGAACUGAAUUAGUUGCAAUGAAUAGUUGCAACUCCGGAAAAUGGAAUCUGGUAAAUCUUUUCUUACAUAGAGUCAUUAUAUAUGAUAUGUGGGGAUAUGUAUGAAAAAUAGAUUUUAUAUGGAUCUAUUUCUGCCAUUCCUUUCAUUCUUGCUCGAGCCGGAUGAUGAAAAAUUAUCAUGUCCGGUUCCUUCGGGGGAUGGAUCCAUAAGAAUUCACCUAUCCCAAUAACAAAGAAACCUGACUUGAACGAUCCUGUAUUAAGAGCUAAAUUGGCUAAAGGGAUGGGGCAUAAUUAUUAUGGAGAACCCGCAUGGCCCAAUGAUCUUUUAUAUAUUUUUCCAGUAGUAAUUCUAGGUACUAUUGCAUGUAAUGUAGGCUUGGCAGUUCUAGAACCGUCAAUGAUUGGUGAACCGGCGGAUCCAUUUGCAACUCCUUUGGAAAUAUUACCCGAAUGGUACUUCUUUCCCGUAUUUCAAAUACUCCGCACAGUACCCAAUAAGUUAUUAGGUGUUCUUUUAAUGGUUUCAGUACCAACGGGAUUAUUGACAGUACCUUUUUUGGAGAAUGUUAAUAAAUUCCAAAAUCCAUUUCGUCGUCCAGUAGCUACAACAGUCUUUUUGAUCGGUACCGCAGUAGCUCUUUGGUUAGGUAUUGGAGCAACAUUACCUAUUGAUAAAUCGCUAACUUUAGGUCUUUUUUAAAUUGAUUCAACCGUGAAAUACCAUGAUUAAUGUAUCUAAGAAUAGUGACUUCAAAGUCACUAUUCUUAGAUACAUUAAUUUGAUUAUGAUCAUUCCACGAAAAUACGGAUUGUGCCAAAAA